UCAUGGCGGGUGUGGGGCAGACAAAGGCGUUGUUGUUCAGCCUUCAACUGGAGAAUGAAACAACUUUUUGAUGGUUUUUGUUUAAAUAUAUGCGUCUAGAUGAAGGAAUUACUUCUUGCUGAAAAGAAUUAUCUCAUAUUUAAAUGGAUGAGGGUUUCACACUAAUCUCAGAGGAAGCUGAGCAGGUGCUUCUUAACUGCACUACGUUUACUUCUGAGCUGGUGGACCAUUACCCUCUGCCCUGCGUUCCAUGAGCAACCUCACCAUUGCACAGACCUGGAGUCAGCGUCUGAAAGUUCCAUGGGCCUCUUGACAUAGUACAAAUGUGGACAGAAAAGCUGCACCAUAAUGUCACACUACACGGACGAGCCUCGGUUUACCAUUGAGCAGAUCGAUUUGCUUCAGCGACUCCGUCGGAGCGGGAUGACCAAACGGGACAUCAUCCAUGCUCUGGAGACCUUGGACCGUCUUGACCAGGAGCAUGCGGAAAAAUUUGGCAAGCGGCACUGCCACGGCAACAGCCACUCUUCCUCCGGCAGUAGCAACCACUUCACUGCCUCGUCCUCCUCUGUCACCGCUGCCACGCAGACCCCGUACAGCGCCACGUCACCAUCGCCAAGCAACAGCUAUGAUACCUCCCCACCCCCGUGCAGCGCUCACUUGAAUGGGCGGGAGAGCAGUAGCAACGAGAAACUGUCCGUGGUCAAUGGUAGGCUGUCACCCAGCCGUUUCCACAGUAACAGCCAGAGGAUGUGCAACUUCCAUCCAGUGGAGGAAGACAUGGACCUGGAGGAAAGAGUUGAGGAGCUCAUGAGGAGAGACGGCACCACUGUUAAAGAGGAGAUUAAGAAUUUUCUUUCCAAUCGGAUGAUUUCCCAGACGAUCGUGGGCCAGGUCACAGGGAUGAGCCGAAGUUUCAUUUCCCAAUGGCUUUUGCAGCAAGGACUGGACAUCUGUGAGCCCAAGAAACGGACGCUGUACCGAUGGUACCUUCUGGAGAAAAUGAGCCCAGGAGCCACCUUAAACAUGAGGCCUGCCUCCUCCACCACAGAAGACCCCGAGUGGAAGCAGUCAACGCCGGCCAACGUCGCAACUCCGGGCAACUUCCGGCUCCGCAGGGGCAGUCGCUUCACCUGGCGCAAGGAGUGCCUCACUGUGAUGGAAAGUUACUUCAAUGAAAACCAAUACCCAGAUGAAGCUAAGAGAGAGGAGAUUUCAAAUGCUUGUAAUGCAGUCAUCCAGAAGCCAGGCAGAAAGCUGACAGAUUCUGAACGUGUAACUGCCCUGAAAGUCUACAAUUGGUUUGCCAAUCGGAGGAAGGAGAUCAAGAGGAGAGCAAACAUUGAAGCAGCAAUCCUAGAAACGCAUGGUAUCGAUGUACAGAGCCCAGGUGGAUAUUCCAAUAGUGAUGAUAUCGAUGGGAGUGAUUUCCUGGAGCAGGAUGACAACACAAGUCACAGUGAUCCCCAGCAAGAUCCCAUCUCGCUCGCUGUUGAAAUGGCCGCAGUCAAUCACUCCAUCCUGGCCCUAGCCAGACAAGGAGGUGGUGAGAUAAAGAGGGAAGUGGUCGAAGAUGACUGAAAUUGUGUGAUGAAACAACUGAGAUUUGGUACAUCAUUGGACUACCCUAUCCUUAAUGUAAUCUCAAUAUAUCUGUGCGUGAUCUUAUUUUGAACUAGUUAAUAGGGUGCUCUUCAUUCGAUUGCAGUGUUAUCCUGCUCGGAGCCUUGGGCAGAAAUUGUGCCUGUCCCUCCGCAGCCCUCCACAGUCCCGCAUGGAGGAGCUGCUACAGUAGGGACCAUUCCUGCGGUCCUCUCAUCCCAGCAUGACAUGUGCCCGAGCCCGAUGCCUGGAACCUCAAGACAAUGCUUAACAGGCCUCUGCUGUCUUAGCUCAACAGGUCUUCUCAGCCUCUGCCGGCCCACUGCUCCGUAAGUGUCUCCCUUGUUCUGGCUUUCCAGCGCUGUGGAUGAACAGAUGGCAACUUCCAUUUCCAGAUACACCCCUCUCACCCAAGCCUGCCUGGAAUUAUUGUAUCCGGCUGUAGCUUCUGUUACCAGUGUGGGUACCAGGUGCAGGUACACAUCUGACUGUUGGAAGUAAAAUAGAGGAAUGCAGGCUCAUCUCCGUGCUUGCAGGGAGGAAGGAAGAGCUCUAGAGGGUGCAGUGUUUGUCUUCCAUACCAACGCAAGAAUUGACAGUAGAUCUGAACAUGCAGUCACUGAGAUGGGGGACGGUCGCUGCUAAUGUCCGAAUGAAGAACAACUGAACUAGACCUACUAUAUGUAUUAACACACGACUGUUACCAGACCAACAGUGAGAAUCAUAGGAGCCAAACGUGACAGAUUGCCUGAUUACAGAAACAUAGAAAAUAGGUGCAGGAGUAGGCCAUUCGGCCCUUCGAGCCUGCACCGCCAUUCAGUAUGAUCAUGGCUGAUCAUCCAACUCAGAACCCUGUACCUGCUUUCUCUCCAUACCCCUGAUCCCUUUAGCAGCAAGGGCCAUAUCUAACUUCCUCUUAAAUAUAGCCAAUGAACUGGCCUCAACUGUUUCCUGUGGCAGAGAAUUCCACAGAUUCACCACUCUCUGUGUGAAGAAGUUUUUCCUCAUCUCGGUCCUAAAAGGCUUCCCCUUUAUCCUUAAACUGUGACCCCUCGUUCUGGACUUCCCCAACAUCGGAAACAAUCUUCCUGCAUCUAGCCUGUCCAAUCCCUUUAGAAUUUUAUACGUUUCAAUAAGAUCCCCCCUCAAUCUUCUAAAUUCCAGUGAGUAUAAGCCUAGUCGAUCCAGUCUUUCUUCAUAUGAAAGUCCUGCCAUCCCAGGAAUCAAUCUGGUGAACCUUCUCUGUACUCCCUCUAUGGCAAGAAUGUCUCCUCAGAUUAGGGGACCAAAACUGCACACAGUACUCUAGGUGUGGUCUCACCAAGGCCUUGUACAACUGCAGUAGAACCUCCCUGCUCCUGUACUCAAAUCCUUUUGCCAUAAAUGCCAACGUACCAUUUGCCUUUUUCACCGCCUGCUGUACCUGCAUGCCCACCUUCAAUGACUGAUGUACAAUGACACCCAGGUCUCUUUGCAUCUCCCCUUUUCCUAAUCGGCCACCGUUCAGAUAAUAAUCUGUUUUCCUGUUCUUGCAACCAAAGUGGAUAACCUCACAUUUAUCCACAUUAAAUUGCAUCUGCCAUGAAUUUGCCCACUCACCUAACCUAUCCAAGUCACCCUGCAUCCUCUUCGCAUCCUCCUCACAGCUAACACCGUCGCCCAGCUUCGUGUCAUCUGCAAACUUGGAGAUGCUGCAUUUAAUUCCCUCAUCUAAAUCAUUAAUAUAUAUUGUAAACAACUGGGGUCCCAGCACUGAGCCUUGUGGUACCCCACUAGUCACUGCCUGCCAUUCCCGUUUACUCCCACUCUUUGCUUCCUGUCUGCCAACCAAUUCUCUAUCCACAUCAAUACCAUACCCUCAAUUCCGUGUGCUUUAAGUUUGCACACUAAUCUCCUGUGUGGGACCUUGUCAAAAGCCUUUUGAAAAUCUAAAUAUACCACAUCCACUGGCUCUCCCCUAUCCACUCUACUAAUUACAUCUUCAAAAAAUUCUAUAAGAUUCGUCAGACAUGAUUUUCCUUUCACAAAUCCAUGCUGACUUUGUCCGAUGAUGUCACCUCUUUCCAAAUGUGCUGUUAUCACAUCUUUGAUAACUGACUCUAGCAUUUUCCCCACCACCGAUGUCAGACUAACCGGUCUAUAAUUCCCUGGUUUCUUUCUCCCUCCUUUUUUAAAAAGUGGGGUUACAUUAGCCACCCUCCAAUCCUCAGGAACUAAUCCAGAAUCUAAGGAAUUUUGAAAAAUUAUCACUAAUGCAUCCACUAUUUCUUGGGCUACUUCCUUAAGCACUCUGGGAUGCAGACCAUCUGGCCCUGGGGAUUUAUCUGCCUUUAAUCCUUUCAAUUUACCUAACACCACUUCCCUACUAACAUGUAUUUCCCUCAGUUCCUCCAUCUCACUAGACCCUCGGUCCCUUACUAUUUCCGGAAGAUUAUUUAUGUACUCCUUAGUGAAGACAGAACCAAAGUAGUUAUUCAAUUGGUCUGCCAUGUCUUUGUUCCCUAUGAUCAAUUCACCUGUUUCUGACUGUAAAGGACCUACAUUUGUCUUGCCCAAUCUUUUUCUUUUCACAUAUCUGUAAAAGCUUUUACAGUCAGUUUUUAUGUUCCCUGCCAGCUUUCUCUCAUAGUCUUUUUUCCCUUUCCUAAUUAAGCCCUUUGUCCUCCCCUGCUGGUCUCUGAAUUUCUCCCAGUCCUCAGGUGGGCCGCUUUAUUUUGCUAAUUUAUAUGUUUCUUCUUUGGACUUGAUACUAUCCCUAAUUUUCCUUGUCAGCCUCGGAUGCACUACCUUCCCUGGUUUAUUCUUUUGUCAAACUGGAAUGAACAAUUGUUGUAGUUCAUCCAUGCGAUCUUUAAAUGCUUGCCAUUGCAUAUCCACCAUCAACCCUUUAGGUAUCAUUUGCCAGUCUAUCUUAGCUAAUUCACGUCUCAUACCUUCAAAGUUACCCUUCUUUAAGUUCAGAACCUUUGUUUCUGAAUUAACUAUGUCACUCUCCAUCUUAAUGAAGAAUUCCACCAUAUUAUGGUCACUCUUACCCAAGGGGCCUCGCAAGACAAGAUUGCUAACUAACCCUUCCUCAUUGCUCAAUACCCAAUUGCUGCAGUUGAUGACCUGAUCAUUCCGUUAAAGUGGCAAGAGGAAGUCAUUAUCAUGUAGAUCAACUAACACAUCACUGAUGAGCCACUUUGAGUUAAGGGGCGAUCAGCCCAGUUGUUGCAUGGUCCAAGGAAGCUUCGAGAGUCAUGGUUAGCUCAUCAGUUCUGUUUCAUUCCAUGGCUUCAUGCAAGCCGUCACUCACAGAGGAAUUCUCAGAAAUGAGUCUUAUCCUGGAAGUCUUUAUGACUGACGUGCCCCUCAGAUUGCACUGAAUGAAUUGUGAUUGCGAGUUUCCUUAUGGUUCUCAGUGGGUGAGGGUGGGGACCAUGGCAGUUUCUCCACCAGAUCAACGCCUGCACAAGUUGUGUGUGGCGUGGGGACUGAAGCAUAGAGGGACUCUCCACUUCCCAGGAGAGUUGGGGGAGGGAAGAGAUGGAAGUUAAGAGAUCUUAUUGCCGUGUGGUAACAUAGAUUCAUGUUGCCUGCCUCUCUGAAAAAGGAAUGUUUACUAAAUGUCUUUAGCCCAACUCAGAAAAUGCAGUUCUAGUAUGGAAUACGGGUUUGGGAAUGUGUAUAAUCAAACUUGGGCAGACUUGUAGAGUAGAUGCAGUCAUACUGAGGCCGAGAUAAAUUCCCUGUCUAAUGGAACCAUUACUUUCAAAUACUGCCGAUGCUGGAAAUACUCAGCAGGCCGGGUAGUAACCAUAGAGAGAAAAUAGGAGAGAUUUCAGGCUGAACAUCUUAUCAGAAUAAAGAAAAGUUGGAGAUACAACAAAAAAAUUAAAAAGCAUCUCUCUAUAAACACCAUCUAUCAUAAUGGGCAUUUUCAGUCACUCUUGGGCGUCUGGGCAGUUAUGCUGCUUCACACCCUUUCAUUCCACAACUUCGGGAUAUAGGUUAAAAUGCAUCUACUUUGUCUCCCUCUUCCCAAUCACACAUUAAAUGCAGGCAUCUUUUCUUUUGUUCCCUAAAUGACUUAGAAUAUGUGUGGUCUUCGUAGAUGCAGCAAGAUUUGGCAAUCUCCUCCAACUGCCAGUGGUGAUUCAGACUAUAAAGGGAAGCAGUCUACUUAAACCAUUUUUGUUCCUUAGCCAAUAGGCAUUGAUUUCAUAUUGAAGACAUCGCUACCAUUGAGUGUUAGAAUGGGAGUUAGUGGUAUUUGAUAGUCAAUGCAAUCUCGAUGCUCUAAAGGGCCUGUUGUUGAUAUAUCUUUUGAGGGAGGUGCCAUCAGAACCACAAGAUUGAAGGAUCAUUUCAGAACAACUUCUUGCAUUAAGCAACAAUUUGCAGGAAGAAUUCAGCAGAUAAAGCAGCAUCUGUUGGGAAAAGGGGAUGAGGAAUAUUAGAUGUUCUAAACACAAAACAUAGUGGAGAUGUAAGAACAGCACACAAAAAAUGCUGGAGGAACUCAGCAAGUCAGACAUGGAAAUGAGUAAACUGUCAACAUUUCUGGCCAAGACCUUAGCGGGACUCAUCAAGUCCAGAUUAAGGGUCUCGGCCCGAAACACUGGCUGUUUAUUCCUCUCCUUGAAUGGAACUCUGCCUGACCUGCGGACUUCCUCUAGCAUUUUGUGCCUGUUACUGUAGAUUUCCAGCAUCUGCAGAAUCUCUUAUGUUUAGGAAUUGUAGAUGUUUUGGGUUGAAACUCUGCAUCAAUCCUGACAUCAGAUUAAUUUGAAUUUUCACGUAACAAGAGUUUGGCUCCACACCAACAAUUCCUUUCCUCCCUCAGGUGCUGCUUCACCUCAAGCAGAAUCUGCAGCUUCACGUUCCAGCAUCUACAGCCUCUUGUGUCUUAAUGUCUUGCAUUGGUUUUGCAAGUGUGGAUGCUGGGGCAAACAGAUUGCUAUCAAAAAGAGAGAUUUAGUUGUCAUCUAAGCAGCUGGGAAAAUAUGGAGAUAUGUUAUUCCUUCUUUCCAGGUUCACAGAGAACUUCACAUUAAUAAUCAUGAACCAUACUUAUGAAGUUACAUGCAGUAUCCAUUUUGUGCUCAGUCAGUGAUGAGAUGAAAGACAAAUUGAUCUGCUUUUGAUGGUUGAAGGUUUUCUACAGUGCCGUUCAUUGAUAGAAUAUUGGAAAGAGUGUAAAAUCUCAAGAGCAGGGGUUCCCGACCUUUUUUAUGCCAUAGACCCUUACCAUCAACCAAAGGGUCCAUGGACCCCAGUUUGGGAACCCUUGCUCUAGAGCUUUAAUAGUUGGGCUGUCAGUUUUCUCCUUUUAUUUGGAGCUCCACCCACCUGCCUACCUCUUCUAUAAGCACUGAGUACCUGAGUUAUUGUACAAACACUGAAGCCGCAAUGUCAGCAAAGAACGUUAAAGUUAUGUGUACCUUAUAACGUCAAGGAUUAACUUGCUUAAAGAUAUCAAUUAAAUGCUGCUGAUUACUAUAAAAUUACAAAUAAACUAAAAAAGUCAUAACUUCUCAAUUAGAUGUUUGUAUUCACAAACAAGAUGCACUUUUGCAGGUGAUACUAACUUAAUAUGAUCAGAAACUUGGGGCUGCUGUGGGUUCAACUGUGUAAUCGAUUGGGUGAAAGAAUGAGGAUAAUUUUAUUCUCAGCUUGCCUGUAGUAUUCAAUAAUUUACCCUACCAUGAUCUCUGGAGCACUGUUAACUUGGUUAGGAGCACAUUUGCCGUAGCUCACUGGAACCGUCUUCUCUCCCACCUGCAUUGUCGGAGAAACAGGGAGGAGUUGUUGAGUGGAGACUGAUGGGAUUUCUGAUAGCUAGCAUAGACUUGAUGGGCCAAAUGAGCUUAUAGGCUGUGUAAAAUGAUAUAGUUACAUGAUAGAACUAGUGGGAGAAUUCCCAGGGUAGUAGGCUGGAGAGUUUCAGCAGUCUAGAUGAUCCGUGAUCUAGAAGAAUGCAAGUUGAUCUCACUGAGAGUCUCAGAAGACCAGCCAGUCGGUGAAUGUUCAGAGUUCUCUUUGGAGCCUCAUUCCAGGCUGGGUGAUCCGUGAUCUCACUGAAACAUUCAACCCCUUACAGGCCCGACAGUGCAGACCGAGACGAUCACUCACCUGUCUGGGAUGUUUAGCAGUAGUGCAAUCACUCAAGUAGAGUAUGAAAUUCUUCUGUCUAUUGGUGGGUCCUCAGCUGGCUGUAGAGGCCGAGCGAGAUCCACAUAUUCUGGUGCAGUGUGUGAGUGGUGACUGUGGUCAGUGGUUGGGUCUUUUGUCCGUUCAGGCUCUCCUUUCGAAGCUGCCGCUUGUUCUCUGUGGCACAGGGGAGGUUGCUCUCGUGUAGUGCAGCUCCCUCUUGGACAGAUUUCCUCCCAGGGCAUCUAUUGAGUGCAAUGUUCCCACAGUUUUUAGAUGUGAUGCUGAAUUUCUUCAGGCUGAUUUUGAUGUUAUCUUUGGAGGUGUUUCCUUUGCCCACCUUCCUUCAACUGUGAGUAAAGGAUGUGUCUGGGGAGACUUGAGUUGGGGAUCCGGAUGACAUGACCUUGCUCUUUCAGAGUUGGUGAGGUUUAUCACGGUGGAGAUGCUGUUCAUGCUGGCCGCCUCCACUACAUUGGCGUUAGUGUUCCUGUCCUUGCAGAUGAUCCUCAGAAUCCUUUGUAAGGACUUGUAUUUUUCUAGGGCUUUCUGAUGCCUGCUGUAGGGUCCAUACGGUAAAUUAGGAAGGAGGACUGCUCUAUAGACCACAAGUUUUGUUUGGACCCAUAGGUCAUGAUCCUCAAAGACUCUUCCUUAAUCUUGCAUAGGCUCCACUAGCACUACUCCGGUAUCAUGACUAGAUCUAGGUGUGAGAGGCUGAGAUCAGCCAGGCACUUUGGGUCCUCGAGACAGGUGAAUGUUGAGAUUUCUCUAUGUAGACUCCAUUCGGGGCUUAUUCCAGGUUGAGCUGUAACCAGUCAGGUAAUGGGAUCAGUGCAGGACAGUGGCUCCAACAUGAAAGCCCUUGUGGAGGAGCAGAUGAAGGGCUGUGUUUCUCAUAAACACGAGAUUCUGCAGAUGCUGGAAGUCUCGAGCAACAUACACAAAAUGCUGGAGAAAGUCAGCUGGUCAGGUAUAGUCAGAGAGCCAGUAGGGUUGGUCAGUGCCAUCUGCGGGGAAUAACGCUAGAAGUGAUUUAUGGCAAGGUAUACACCUCUGGAGUUAGAAAAUACGUGAUAGCAUUGCACCGGUGAUAGCUUUAUGUGUGCUUUUGGACAGUUACUGACCAGUGGAUCCAGGACGGCAUCGGGAGCUGGCUGGUCUUCCAUCCAGUGCACCUCCUCUUCUCUCUCCAUCUUCCAACCUCUGCCAACAGGGCCUGGCACUUGUGGGUCCUUCUCCAUAUACCAGCCUGGUAGUUGGCUCGCUGUGCAUGUUUUGUUAAGUAGUCCUUGCAUAGUGGGACAGAAAAGGUGAUACCUGAGCUCAUUGACCUUGGUGGUCGAUGCUUUUGGGGCAUACAAGUGACAUGUAAAUGCCUCCAGUUUGUCCAUCAGUUCUGGGGAGAGGUCCCAUUCCUGACCCAACUCUAAGAAUGUGUCCUGAGUUUCCCUGUUGCUGGUCAGAAGUUUUAGGGCACUUGUCUUCCCUUUGCCUGCAAAAGCGCUUACAGUGUCACAUCCUGUAUAUGUGUGAAACCCGAUGAGAGCCCAAUAAACCUCUAUGUCAACAGUGGCAGCAACCUUCCUGAUGUCUACAAGCCUUGUACGGGUUCUAGCGCCACACUUCUGCAAUAACAGGGCCUCAAUCUUGUCACAAAAUGAUAAAGACAUGAUAAAGACAUCUGUGUCUUCUGAGCAGGUCACUACAGAUUGGUAUCCCUCUCUUGGGGCAUGGGCAGCAUGGAGAAGUAGGCGGCCAUCUGCUUCUUGUUGACUCUGAAGAGCUGACACCUCCUGACUAGCUUGAGAUGUGAUUCUGUGACAUCUGUCAUUCACAGUUGUAUACAGAAUCCUCUCCUGUAGCUUUGCUCUGUACUCCGCAUCCUCUAUUCAUGGACUGUGAAGCUAAUGAGACUAUUUUUGUUACUGACUUUGGUCAAGAGGCUCCUCCACUGCCUCACCAUCUGUGUGCCUGUUACACCCUGCAACUCGUGACCAGUCUCUUCACCCCGUAGAGAUCUUUCACUACUCUUGAUAGAGUUCUCCUUGUGUGUGUCGAACACAACAUCUAUUCUGCUACUCUGACUGCCUUCCCUCAGAGCCAAACUCAGAAUUGUUGUGAAAGUAACUUGAUCACCUUUCACUCUUUGGACCAAGUUCAUUCCAUCAGCGACUGUAGCAGAGUUUCCUGAGAGUUGCUCUUCUACUGCUACAUUCUUCUGCAAGGUUGUGGCUGAAGUAGCUUUAUUUGUCUUUCUCAGUAAUCCUUCUGGUGUGGACAGGGCCCAGGGCAAUGGUCCAAGGGGAUGAGAAAGGAUAUCCUCCAUACGUAGACUGCACCCUUGUGCCAUCACUAUGAUGCGUCCAAAGACCUGUCUGCUUUCAAGAUAAUCGCUCUCCCAUUUGAUUUCACCUCUCUCUUCGUACACGUAUCACUGAAUGUUUUCAGCUUGUUGGUUUUCAUUGGGUCAUGGAAUUUCUUUGCUGGUGGGUCUUCCUCUAGUCUCUCAUCCUUGAAGGUUGCAUAGCAUUGCUCACCAAUCUCGUAUGCCUUCAUCCAGGGCCGGAUUAAGCUAGUGCAGGGCCUGUAGCAUAUGUUAUAAAGCUAUCCGGUUUACUUUUUCAUUGAGCAAAAAACCAAUGAUCUGACUAAGUGUGAAGAUUAUCAACAGCAAACUCGAAGAAAACACAAGCAAAAUUGCGCAUAUGAUGAUUUAAUUGAAUAUAGCCAUGCAGGGAUUCAGAGUGCACAACCUGUUGGCCAGGGGAUUGCAAAGUAGCACUGGUCAUUUGAAAACGCUGUAGUACUUGAUCCCACAAUACGACCCAUUAUUCCUGUUUCCAGCUUCAUCAUGUUUGAAAGCAGUCCACGAGCCUGUUGUCAACACUCUGCCUUCUGAUCAUUGUUAUUUGAAAUGUCAUCCAAGACUUGUUUUAUUACAGAAAAGCUUUGUAAAAGUGCUUUUGUUGCAUCUGCACGAGCUGACCACCUGGUAUCUGACAUUCUUUUCACAAUGGGCAAAUGAGCACCACCAUCAGAUAAUGCAGCAGAAAGUAGAUCCCACCGAUAAGCAGGAAAAAAUGUGUACAGGCUUUAUACAAAUUGAAAGAAAAUUAAUGCUCCUUGACAACAUUCAGCAGCACAUUUUCCAACCAAAUUUAGUGAACGUGCAAAACAUGGAAUGUAAUCUGCAAACUCAUUCAGCUCUUCAAUUCGUGCUUGUGAGCCACUAUACUUGCCACUCAUGUUGCUGGCAUUGUCAUAACUUUGACCACGGCAGUCUCUUAUAUCAAUGUCAUUUUCCUUUAAAAAGUCAAGUAAACUUUGAGCAAGCUGUUCAGCACUAUGACCUUCCAUAUCCAAAAACUUCACAAACCUUUCAGCUGGUCCAGACAGCAAAACAUAAUGCACAGUCAAAGUCAGCUGGUCCACAUUAGAUACAUCUGGAGUAAAACCCAAUGAAACAGAAUCAUACUUGUAUUUCCUCACUUCACCGAUAAUAUGAUCCAGUAUGCUGGAUCCAUUCAGGCUGAUGAAUUCCUCACAUGUUGUUUUAGACUGGAAUGAUUUAUGCCCCCUUCCUUGGUUUGCACGAGCAUUUAUAUGUUCUGCCAGAAAAGGGUCAAACUUGGCCAGUAAUUCUCACAACCCCAAGUAAUUUCCAUUAUGAGGAGAGCCAGCAGAUUCAUCACUACCACGAAAUGAAAGGCCUUGUUCUGCUAAAAACUUUACAACUUCAAUUAUUCUCUCCAGAAGUGUGCACCAAUACUUUUGUUCAGUCUCCAUUUUUUUCAUGAGGUGGGAAUCCACACGUUUAGCUUUGUUUUUGCGCAUUGACAGUGAAAUUAAAGCUUGUCUAUGUGAGGAACUUUCUUCAUGUGGACGUAAUAGAUUGCAUUUUUCCAGUCACUAAACUUUGAUGAACAUCCUGAAGCCAUAAUCUCGCAUGGGAAACAGAAUAGGCUUCCCUUGCUUUCUGAAUAGCAGAACCAAUUUCUUGCAUGUUGCUUGUUUGUAGGUUUAUGAACAUAUGUAAAAUAAGACUUCUGACAGUGCCGAGGUUGUCAUACAGUCGCAGGGAUGAAGAGAAAUCACUCUCAGAGUGUUGACAGUCAUCACUUCCCUUGGCUAUUCAAUAUUCACGAUCACGAUCAUCUAGAUUGUCUGGCCAUUCACCAGUAUCAUUAGAAUUCUUGUUCUUUUGCAUUCAAUGGACGCUGGCUGUUGCUGUUUCGUACCUUCUGCCACACCAGUACUAGUUGUUCCUAUAUUUCCAGCUUCAGUCGUUAUAGCACCAUUACCAUCUCCAUGAACAUCAAAAUAUUCUGUCAACUUAUGUGUUUUUGAUAUCACAAGUUGGUCUCUUCUUUCUUUUGCUUCCUUUGCUUCACGUUUUGCACUUCCAGAAGCAAAAUGACGUCCAAUAUCUCUGGCUCUGUUGCUCUGUUUUAAAAACAUACUCAGUACUUCCGAAGUUUAAUCCAAGGUUACAAAACUAGGGUUACAGUACGAGACAUUGUAGACUGAUCCAAUUCAAUUUAAUACUUGUUUUGUGAAUGUCACAUUAAAAUACUUGAGCAGAUCAAACCAUUGGAAUGUGGCUCCAUUCUCACUGCACAGCCACGUAGAGCCGCUGCCUUGAAAUUUCACAGGGAGAGAUCCGUACCUCUGAGGAGGCAGAUCUGACCAUUAACCCAGCACUGUGCUUUCUGGUGGCUGCACUCCACCUGAGGGCAGAGAGUGCCAAUAGACCGGGCUACCCACUGGUCUGUGAAGCUGGUUUCAUCCAUCGCCAGGGUUUUUAAUUCCAGUCCCUUGAUAAUGCCAAAACAUCAAUAUCACCAGACAUCCUGAUUUUCUGCAGGAGUUGUCCUUACUCCCACCCCAUUCCCAAAUGGCACUUGACCUGGUUACAAUAAUAUUCCUGAUAACCAAUGGAAGAUGAAGGAGUUUAAAUCCCUCGGAAACUAUGUGAUUGACUUGAUUCACUAACAUCCUUCAGGGUAACAAACCCACUGAGAUCUGGACUACCACAGACUCCUAACACACACACACAGGGCCAGACAGCAACUGUGAAGAGGAAGAAACAGUUGCAUUGUGGGCCGAAACCCUUCAUGUGUGAACUAUUUAUUCCUCUCCAUAGAUGCUGCCUGACCUGCUGACUUGCCCCAGCAUUUUAUCUGUCACUGAAGUUUAAGCAUCAGUAAAAUCUUUUGUGUUUAUAAUUUCUCCUACUUAACAUUUAAUGCUCAUUGAUGUUAAGGUAUUACGAGGUGGUGAACAAAUGUGGCUUGGCCUUGUCCUUGUUACAUACUGAAUGUUAGAAUAGAGCCACAAUACAGCAGAUAGCAAGAGGCAGGAAACUUCAGAUAAACUACCUAUCCUGAACACUGGACAGUUAAACAUUUUAUAUUAUUGAUUAAUAAUAUUCAACCUGGUGGUGUUUAGUUUCAACAAUUUGAUGUGGUAACAUGAAACAUCACAAACAUGAGCCGGUGUAACUGUUGUUACAAAUCCUGCAAGUUGUGUCCUUUAGUAAUUUACAUGAAAAAGCAGGAACACAAUGAAAGCUAUGCUCCAUGAGUGACAAUGCAAGCCUUGUCACAUCAAGCCAUUUACCAUUAAAGUGCUUUUUGUCAUGGUUUGGACUGUUGCUUCUAGAGACAGUAGAAAUAGUGAAGGCAAUAGGUUCAUCACUGUGGUCCUGUCAGAUUACCAAUUGAUCAUAACCUUCUGGCUAAUUACUUCCUUGCACCUUUCAGAAGAUUUAGUACAAUCUUACCUGCAGUAGAGACACUGUUCUUUGGUUUGUCCUGUAAUAAGUUGAUGUAUUUUUCUGCUAAGCAGAAAGGAAAUAUGCUGCAUAUUAAGAAAAAACAUGAAAUGCCAGAUUUCUCAUCUUACACGUUGUAUUAGCUAUUUUACCAGGUGUGUGUGUAUGUGAUACAGUUCCACUUGCUCCCUUAAUACAUGCCUCAAAUGUUUGGUAAUUUGUUCCUUUGUACUGUCAUAAAGCAGGGGCAUACUAUUUUUACUGGUGGUGACAAACAGGUUGCAUUCAUUUGAGGAAAAUUACUCUUAAAGGGGAGUCAAUAAGGGACUGCGUGAUCUUGUUGAAAUUAGUUUCUCGAGGUUGGUAUGGGGACAUCCAAGCACUUCCACUCCCCCCAUCCCCGUACUCAGGAGUUGAGAGACAAAGGGGCGAGAGUUUAGUUUUCAGAACCAGUCAUUACAAGCACUCUACUUCAAAGCUGAUAUGGAAGGCCUCUUCAAUCCUGAAACAGGAGUAUGACUUCAAAAUCAGAAGUUAUAAAAAUCUGCUACUACUGUAACCAUCCUCUUUAAUGACUGAUGCCAAUUACUGCUCAACCUGUUUGAGAGUGGGAAUCACAGGUACCCAGAGAAGCAAAUCAUCUUAGAACACAGAACUGGCACAGUGUAGCAGAUCACCAUUCAGCCCAUCAAGUCAGCUCCAUCAGUCCCAGUACAGGAAAUAAACCCACUUAUUUAUCUAAUUUAUUUAAAUUUCUCUUUUAAAAGUUCCAAAGGAUUCGGCCUCAAUCAGUCCCCAGUACAUUCCAUGUUUUUACCCUCUCCCCUCACUUUGCUGAUGAUGCGCCCCCCCCCCCACUGAAGGGAAAGUGAUGAAUGUUUCUGGCCCUACCACAGCAUUGUGGUGAAGUGGAUAAAAUUUACUUUGUCCUUCCUGUUCUAAAAGCAUUCUUGAGUACACAUUAGUUGCUGAUGUCCGGAAGCUUCACCGUCUCCCUUGUCACAGUUCAAAAAGGAACCGUGAUUGUCCUGGUUUAGAGCAUCAUCAUCCCGUGCAUACCCACACCAGUUUUAUUCCUCCUAUGGCUUAGCAGUGAGAUCCGCUCAUCUGUGCCAAGGAAUUGGGCCAAUUCAGAUUUCUGGAUCCUUUUCCUUGCAGCCAAGUUAUUGCCACAGCUCUGUUUCGCCACGGUUCUAGCCUAUUCUCAGCAUUUGAAUUAACCAAGUGUGGAUGACAAGUAUCAUGUUGUGUUUUCCAAACAUAAGUAGCAGCUUCAAGCUAACAUGGUUUGACCCUUGAAGUGUGAUCUCGGAAAACUUGUCUUUCUCACAACUCCCAGAUUCUAUCCUCAUAUAGUCACCUGAAAUGGGAAGCAUACAGUCAGGUAAAACACUGUGGACUAUACAAAAUCAGCUGGUACAUUCUCACAAAAGCCGCAUCAAGCAGGUGAUAAUUUAAAAUUAUCCCAAUCAAAGGGCUGAAUAUAAUCAAUUUAGUUUAGCCACUGUGUUCCCAUAGCCAGGCUAGGUGAAGCGAUGAAUGUUGGUACCCGCAUCUAAAAAGCAGGCUUUGACAGAUUUGCUUGACAGGGGUAUGGAGGGGUGAAAAGGGCUGAGGGUGGUGAUGGAGGACAUGUAGGAAAUGUGACACUUCUACAUUAAAAUGGUCACUUGAUUUCCAAACUGGAAGCUGAACAGGAUAAUAUUUAAAAGCCUUAGUUUUUUUACCAAAUGUAAUAUGCUGAGCAGGUGUAUUUUCAUUUGAGUCCUGUGUAUGUUUUCUGUUCCUAUUCUGGAUUAGUGCCUUUUUUGGACCGUUCUGCAAAAAAAAGUAAAAAUGUCAUGAUGCUGUUUGUACAGUUUGUUUUAACAAAUUAUUAUUUUGUAAAAUUUUGGUUAAAUCUCUGUAUUGUACUAAGUAGGAAAAAUAAACUAAUUUAAAUUGUC